AUGCACGAUCAGCUAAAGCAAAAGAGGCAGGAUAUAUGGAAAGGCGUUAACGUCCUACAAUCCAGUGCUGGCAGAAAGCUCACUUACACAGAAGAAAGUGAAAAGGAGGUUUUGAAGAAUAUGGAUCUUCGAUCUAGAAGAGGCAGAGGAGAAAGAGAAACGAGCCCAGACAGGGCCAAAGUUUGCAUGCAGCAGCAGCAACAGCCAAGGGUCCAACCCAUCAAAAAGGUUCGAGUUGUUUACUACAUCUCCAGAAAUGGCCAACUUGAGCACCCACACUACAUGGAAGUCACCCAUUUGGCCAAUCAACACCUUCGUUUGAGAGAUUUCAUGGAUCGGCUCACAGUUCUCAGAGGCAAAGGCAUGCCCUCUCUGUAUUCGUGGUCUUGCAAAAGGAGCUACAAGAAUGGCUAUGUUUGGAAUGACCUGACAGAAAAUGAUGCCAUCCAUCCAUCUGAUGGAGCUGAAUACGUGCUCAAAGGGUCUGAGCUUGUUGAAGGAUGCCCCGAAAGGCUUCAACAACUUCAUGUAAGCAAUAAUAGGCAACUAAUUCAAGAAUCCAAGCUCCAUGCAAAAAGAAAGCAACUUCUGGAACCUAUUCAACGGCCAAGACAACUCGAAGAAACUCAUGGAACAAAGUACUAUCAAGAAUAUGAAGAAGAAGAAGAAGAAGAAGAGCAAGAAUCACAAGAAGAAUAUGAAGAUGAAGAGAAAACAAGCUACACAAGCUCCACAACCCCCCAUUCUCGUUGUUCAAGAGGUGUAUCCACAGACGAAAUUGAAGAACAAGUAACUCACAAAAACCCCACCACCGAGUCAACUCACCAUAACUCUCCCCCACCAUUAACAUCCUCUAUACUCUCUGAAAAAACUCAUCAAAACGGCAAAAAUACCUCCAAACGUUUUGAAGACGGUGACCCAGUUGCCAGAGAGUCGGCACCGGGUCGUAACUCGGUCCUACUGCAACUCAUUUCAUGCGGAAACUUAACUGUGGCCAAACCAAAAAACAAUGUACCUAGUUUAAAUCAACCACCUGCAGCUAUGAAAUUGAAUGAUCCUAGUGCUAAUGUGGUUAAAAGGAGUGACAGCAAUCUUCAUAGAGGGGUUUUGUACAAAAGUGCGGUUAAAGUUGCUGAGGAAGAGAUGAUUAGUUUCAUGUCCGAGAAUCCUAGGUUUGGGAAUUUGCAGUCUGAAGAGAAGGAGUAUUUCAGUGGUAGCAUUAUUGAGUCAAUGAGUGAGAACCGAGUUGUAGACCAGCCUGGUUUGAAGAGAUCCAAUUCCUAUAAUGAAGAGAGGUUAGUGAUAUCUUUCUUAUGGCAUUUGAUUUUGGUUUUGGAUUUUAAUCCUUUAUUGAAUCAAUAG